GAUACCAAGCCCGUUAAUUAGGAGCCGCGGGAAGCAGCGGGGUAUGCCGGGAAGUGGAGUUCUUAGAAAGGCCGGCCCCAGGCGGGCCAACCCGAGAGAACCCUCUCUCCGACUCCUCCCACCUGACUAAGAGCAUAAAAAGGGGCGGGGCAUGCCGGGAAGUGGAGUUCUGAGGCAUGCUGGCCUCCGCGGGCCAAGCCGAGAGUACCAUCACUUCGACUUCUCCCGCCGAUUACGAGCGGAGGAAGGCAGCGGGGCAUGCCGGGAAGUGAAGUUCUUAGUAGUCGUAAGACGAGCCAAUCCGAGAGCACCAUCUCUGACGUGGGGCCGUGGGUUUAGCCAAUCACCGAGGCCGCCGGAAGGGCCGACUGCUUGAAGGCGUUGAGUUUGCCUCCCGCUUCCUCUCUCCCCCCCACCCCCCGCUUCCCCUCUCCCUCCGCUCCGCCGCACCACCUCGUACCGGGUUUGGUUCUUUACUCGACUUGGUCGGAAACCAGAGCGAACCUUGGGGUGCACUUAAGUCGUCCGUGCACUUCAGCGCCGCCCUGGUGUGUGGCUUGAUCACUUCUCGCCUGUCAAGUUGAUCGACCGCCCGGUUUGCCGGGAGACCGGUCAGCGAGCGCUAUGCUCAAGUCCAAAACGUUAUUGAAGAAGACCCGGGCCGGCGGAGUGCUGAAGAUAGUGCGGGAGCAUUAUCUGCGCGACGACAUCGGCUGCGGGGCCUCGGGCUGCACCGAGUGCUGCGGUGCCCAGGAAGGGCCGGCCUUGGAGCCUCGGCCACGCGACCCCGAGAGCAGCCUCUGUCCGCAGCCCCACUACCUCCUGCCCGACACCAACGUGUUACUGCACCAGAUUGAUAUACUUGAGGAUCCAAUCAUCAGAAAUGUAAUCGUGCUACAAACUGUGCUCCAGGAAGUAAGGAAUCGGAGCGCGCCAAUAUAUAAGAGAAUUCGAGAUGUGACUAGUGAUCUUAGCAAACAUUUCUAUACCUUCACUAAUGAGCAUCAUAGAGAAACAUACGUGGAACAAGAACAAGGGGAAAAUGCUAAUGAUCGGAAUGAUAGAGCCAUCCGAGUUGCAGCAAAAUGGUACAAUGAACACAUGAAGAAAAUUACAGCAGAUGAGAAUCAUCCUCAAGUUAUCUUCAUAACAAAUGACAUAAAAAAUAAAGAGAAGGCAAUAGAAGAGGGGAUACCAGCGUAUACAUGUGAAGAAUACAUAAAAAGCUUAACAGCAAAUCCAGAACUUGUAGAUCGUCUUGCUUGUCUAUCUGAUGAAGUGAAUGAAAUAGAAAGCCGGAAAGUAAUAUUUCCAGAGCAUCUUCCCCUAAGUAAGUUGCAGCAAGGCAUAAAAUCUGGUGCAUACCUUCAAGGAACAUUCAGAGCAAGUAGAGAGAAUUAUCUUGAAGCCACAGUAUGGGUUCAUGGAGAUGAUGAAGACAACAGAGAGAUCAUCCUCCAAGGACUUAGAAACUUGAACCGAGCUGUUCAUGAGGACAUAGUAGCUGUGGAGCUUUUGCCCAAAAGUCAGUGGGUAGCACCAUCUUCUGUGGUCCUGCAAGAUGAAGGUCAAAAUGAUGAUGAUGUCGAAGGUGAAGAGGAGAAAGAAAACACUCUAAAAACUGCUAUAAAUGAGAAAAUGUUAAGACCUUCAGGAAGAGUGGUAGGAAUAAUAAAGCGGAACUGGAGGCCAUUUUGUGGCAUGCUUUCCAAGUCUGAUAUUAAGGAGUCAAGAAGACAUCUCUUUACACCUGCUGACAAGAGAAUACCUCGGAUUCGUAUAGAAACAAGACAAGCUUCAACCUUAGAAGGACAGAGAAUUAUUGUUGCUAUUGAUGGUUGGCCCAAGAAUUCUAGAUAUCCUAAUGGUCACUUUGUAAAAAAUUUAGGUGCUGUUGGCGAUAAAGAGACUGAAACCGAAGUUCUCCUCCUUGAACAUGAUGUUCCCCAUCAGCCCUUCUCCCAGGCUGUUCUUAGUUUCCUGCCAAAGAUGCCCUGGAGCAUCACUGAAGAGGACAUGAAGAAUAGGGAAGAUCUGAGGCAUCUUUGUGUUUGUAGUGUGGAUCCUCCAAAGUGUACAGAUAUAGAUGAUGCGUUACAUUGUCGAGAACUUGAAAAUGGAAAUCUAGAGGUUGGUGUUCACAUUGCAGAUGUUAGCCACUUUAUUCGACCAGGAAAUGCUUUGGAUCAAGAGUCAGCUAGAAGAGGAACAACUGUCUAUCUUUGUGAAAAAAGAAUCGAUAUGGUUCCGGAAUUGCUUAGCUCUAACUUAUGUUCCUUAAGGUCGAAUGUGGACAGGCUAGCAUUUUCAUGUAUUUGGGAAAUGAAUCACAAUGCUGAAAUUUUAAAAACCAGAUUUACCAAAAGUGCCAUUAAUUCAAAGGCUUCCCUUACAUAUGCAGAAGCUCAAAUGAGAAUUGAUUCAACAACCAUGAAUGAUGAUAUUACCACUAGUCUCCGUGGACUAAAUAAACUAGCAAAAAUUCUGAAGAGGCGGAGAAUAGAUGCAGGGGCUUUGAUACUUUCCUCUCCUGAAGUUCGAUUUCAUGUGGAUAGUGAAACUCAUGAUCCUAUAGAUCUUCAGACGAAGGAACUUAGAGAAACAAAUUCCAUGGUGGAAGAAUUUAUGUUACUUGCCAAUGUCUCUGUUGCAAAGAAAAUCCAUGAAGAAUUUUCUGAACAUGCCCUGCUUAGAAAACAUCCUGCUCCUCCUCCAUCAAAUUAUGAAGUUCUUGUGAAGGCGGCUAAAUCCAAAAAUUUGGAUUUUAAGACUGAUUCAGCAAAGGCUUUGGCUGAGUCUUUAGACCAAGUGGAAUCUCCUCAUUUCCCGUAUCUAAACACACUAUUCAGGAUAUUAGCCACUCGCUGUAUGAUGCAAGCAGUUUACUUCUGUUCUGGAAUGGAUAAUGAUUUUCAUCACUAUGGCUUAGCGUCACCAAUAUACACACAUUUUACUUCACCCAUCAGAAGAUAUGCAGAUAUAAUUGUCCAUAGGCUUUUGGCAGUAGCUAUCGGAGCAGACUCUACUUAUCCAGAUCUGACGAAUAAACAUAAACUAGCAGAUUUGUGCAAAAAUCUCAAUUUCCGGCACAAAAUGGCACAAUAUGCACAGCGGGCAUCUGUUGCAUUUCAUACACAGCUGUUCUUCAAAAAUAAAGGAAUAGUGAAUGAAGAAGCCUAUAUUUUGUUUGUAAGAAAGAAUGCUAUUGUGGUGUUAAUUCCAAAAUAUGGUUUAGAAGGAACUGUAUUUUUUGAGGAAAAAGACAAACCAAAACCAAGACUUGCUUAUGAUGAGGAGAUGCCCUCACUAAAAGUAGAAGAUACAGAAUUUCGUGUUUUUGAUAAAGUUAAAGUGAAAAUCACCUUAGACUCAUCCAAUCUUCAGCAUCAGAAAAUUCGUAUGUCCCUAAUAGAACCACAGAUACCAGGAAUAAGCAUUCCUACUGAUUCUACAAACUCGAACACCGAUGAACCAGAAAAAAAGAGAAGCAAGCUAGAAAAUUAGCUGUAUCUAACAACAGAGACUAUUACAAAAUUGAUUUCCUUUUGUAACAUUGGGGAAGAACACUGGCAAGUUUCAUGGUUAAAAGUAUCGGGUGCAAAUUUAAUUUGUUGCUUUUAAAAUGCAUUUUAAUCAUUUUUAGAAUUUGCAUUUUUAUUAAACAAUUGCCUUCAAGUCUUUCCAUCAUCUUUGAGAAAAGUACUUCUCUUUUCAUUUUCUAGAUGUAACAACUAUUAUUUAUGCAGAAAUAUUAAAUUGAAUGCCCAUCACUUACAUACUGAUAGGACAGCAACUUCAGGGACCAGAUAAAGAUCAUUUAAAUGAAUUUACUUCAGAAAUGCCAAUUACUUUACUGGCUUAUUUUGGAGCAUUCAUCUCUCUAUUGAAAAGUUGACUCAUUUGGCAUAAAUAAUUCCUGAUUUUUUAAAUGAGGGGAGAGAAGAAGACCAUCCUGGAUUUAGAGGAUAAAAAAGCAGGAUAUUGUCUAAAUGCCUGAAGCUAUCAAAAUGCGUAAAUAUAAUGGUAAUUUAUUCUCCCCCAACCUUGAAGCGUCCCCUUGCCUUCUCACGUCCUGGAGCUCAUGUUCCAGUAUCCCUUCUCAGAAAAUUACCAGCCCCUCUCCCACUUCAUCUGUUACAGGAAACUGAUCUGAUUUUACUAAUCCAUCCUAGGGUAUGAAGGACUGAUUGCCUUCUCUUUAACAUUUCAGAGAGAAUUGCUUGUUUGACCAGAAAUGAAUCUUUAAUUGGUAGGAUUUCAGGUAAUGUGGAAAGUCACUUCCAAUCUUUAGGUUUGUUUUUUUUUUAAUUAAAUUCUUUGACUGUGUGGGGAUCCUUCCCUAUUAGCAUACUUCUCAGUCUAAAAUACCUCUAAGUAAAGUCAGUCUUAAGAAAAAGAAAGAUGGAUAGUACUUUUGCAUAGCAGAAAGAAUACUGGACUAGGAUUUAAAAAACCUAGAUUCUAAUUCAAGCUUUAUUGCUAACUCAUUGUACAUGAUCUUAGACAUUUGCAUGGCACUGACCCUUUGGGGCCUCAAUUUUCAUAUUUGAGGGUUAAGAAAAUUUCAGCUUUGAAAGAUAUUUUAUAGCACCUUUUCUUUAGGGAGAUGAUGAAUAGUGGAGAGUAGGAAACUGUUUUUUGGCCUUCAUAUAUAACUUAAUAGAAUCUAGGAGACAGAACUUAUGAUUCCUUGGCAUGAGAUGCCAACAAACUUUCUGGGAGCUUCCAGCUGACUAUUGUGGCUACCACCGGGUUUGGGAGACUGGAACAAAGACCUUCUGGACUUAAGAUUUUCUUCACUUAACAACAUCAUCUUCCAUUCUGCUAUAAGAAUUGUACCCCAUAAUUGAUUGACUGUUAAACAUCCAUUCUCUGGUUCCCUGCAGGAAACAGAGUAGAUGACUCUUCGGGUCUUCUGAGUGUUAGUAAAUAGAGCUCAGGUGGCCUUAGGUUCAGGGGAGGAAAAAGGAGCGUUUCUGGUCCUUUCCUGCCACAAUUCAAAUCAGGUAUCAUUAAAUGUAGGAAUUUGUUUUGUUUGAAAGCACAACUAAUUUCUGUUCAAUUUGGAUGAUCAUACUAUUUGAGCUCUAAUUGCAACUUUCUCCUUUGAGAGUUAAUACUUUCUUCAAAAAUUCUUUAUUGAAUAUGAAUUUAAUGCAUUUUGGUGCUAAAGGAUGCGUUCAAUAUAUCUGGCUUUGGUUUUUAUGCUCUUAUUAGUGGUCACUUAUGGAAAGGUUCCAUGUACAGCUGAAGAUGUGUUUAAUUCUUUCUGUUCCUAGAGGUCUAUUAUAUAUAACUUAUAAAAUUCUAUUCUGGUACUUAACUUAUCUUUUGGUCAGAUUUCUCUAAAUCUGAGAGGGAUAACUUGAGAUCUCCAGCUAUUAUAGUUUUCUUAUCCCUCUUAUUCUAUAAGUUAACUUUUCCUCUAAUGACAGUGACAUGAGGUGCUAUGCCAUUUGAUGGGUAUGUAUUAAGUAUUGAUACUCUUUAUCUGUGGUGCCUUAAGCAUAAUGUACUUUCUCUGUUUCUCUUUUUUAAUCGUGUCUUAAUAUUGUGUGUCUUAGAGAAUAACUGCUGCCCUUGCUUUUUGAGUUUGCUUCAAGCGUAACAGAUUUGCCCUAGCCUUUUAGUCUUUUGGAUUCUGCUUUCUAUUCCAUUCUGCCCUUCUUCAUUUUAUGGGUGAUUUCAUCCCAUUUCCAUUCCCAGUUAUAAUUUUUAAUUAUAUAUUUUCCUCUAUCUUAUCUUUUUAUACUUUUACAUUUUUUAAUCCUUGCUACUCUUUUUAUAACAAGGAGUUGAGAGGAGUGAUGUUGAACUAUUGAGAGGAAAAUGUUGAGAGAAGUAUCUUCAACAUUGCUGAUCUAUAUUUUAUGUAAUUCUGUUCACUAUUGUGUUUCAUUCCCAUCACCUAGUUCCCAAUCACAGAUUCUUACCUUUCAUUUUUUUCUCCCUUCAAACCCCAAACUCUCCAAAGAUGGAGUUUGUGUUAGGGGUCUCAUCUCCCUGAAUUUACCUUCUCUCAAUCCCUUCUAUUGUUUCCCUGUCUCUACCCGAUUCUCUAUGAAAUUUAAUUUCUACACCACAUUCAUUGCAUAUUUGUAUUAUCUUGUGAUUAUUUGAAAUAAUCCAUUCUGGCUUCUUUUUUUUGCUGUUUCCUAGUGUAUUCUUCACUCCUCUCAUGUUAAGAUCAAAAUAUAACAAAACUAUCCUUUGUCUUAUUACCUCAGUGAUUCUUGAAGAUAUUAAGCUUCUGAGAUCAUUUUUGUUUCUUCUCCCUCAGUUAUAAAUACUUAAUCAUGAUAUAGUUUCUUCUAGUUCUGAGUAGAUAGUUUCUUAAUAAGGAAUAUUUAGAAGUCCAGUAUUUCAUCAAAGGUCCAUUUUCCCACCCAUAUGAUUAUAUUGUUUCAAUAAGUAAAUUAUUCUUGCAUGUCAGCCUUUAUCUUUUGCUCUCUUUAGUAUUUCAAGCAUCUCUCCUAUAUGAUGAUAAUUUCCCAGCUGUGGCUCCUUGGUACUUAAAUUCUUUAUUUCUGACUGACUGCUUAUUCUCUCUCUGCUCCUCCUCACCCCACCCCCUCUUCAUUUAUUUUAACCUGGAAGUUCUAGAUUGUGGCAUUGACAUUCCUGGUAGUUUUCUUUUGGGGGGGAUUCUUUUAGCAAGUGACAAGUGAAUUCUUCCUUUUUUCAUUUUGCCCUCUGGUACUAAGCCCCUAUCCCACUUCAUCUGUUACACAGGAAACUGAUCUGAUUUUACUGAUCCAUCCUAAGAUAUGAAGGACUGAUUGCCUUCUCGUUAACAUUUCAGAGAGAAUUGCUUGUUUGACCAAAAUGACCAAAAAUGAAUGAAUAGGUCUAGGCAAUUUUCAUUCAUGACUUUUUGUAAUUAAUUUUUUUUCAAUUAUCAAGCAUUUGUUUUUUUUUUUUUCUCUCCCUUGUACCCACCCUUCUUCCCCCCAGUAAAAACCCUUGGAAUAAAUAUGCAUAGUCAGACAAAAUACUAUGUGCUUCUCCAUGGCCUUUUGGGUAAUUCUCAACUCUGGUACUUUACAGACAGUAAUGUUUAAUCACCAGAAGAAUGUUGAUGGAUCUUUGUUCCAGGGAAAACUUGGGUGUUAUUAAAAGAAUUCUGUAGUUUGCUGAAGGCAGUCCAAUCCAUUCUUCUGUUGAAUUCUGAGCUUAUUAGUAGUAUCUGUCCAUUAUAUAAAUGUAAGAGCUAAGUUGUCUAUUCAACUGCGUAUCAUCACCUGUACCAUAUACCUUCUUCAUCCACUCAUCUUUUCUUGUACGAAUGAUUAAGCUGAAGUCUUUGAAUGACUGUGGAUCUUUUUUUUUUUUUGCAAUCUGCAUAAUGCCAUCGACAAAUGGUAGCAUCUAGAAGACCCCACUAUAUACAAGUUCUGUUAUAUUUUUCAAGAAUUCUUGAAUUCUUUUAUCAGAUGUAUAGGAGAUACCUUUGUUUAAUAAAGUAUUAAGUGCUUACUGUGUGCCAGGUACUAGGUGCCUGGGAUACAAGUACAAGGAAUGAAACAGUCUCUGCUCACUGGGAGCUUACAUUCAAAUGAGAGAGAAAAGUACAUAUAAAACUACAUCCAACAUAAAUACGAAGUUAAGACUCUUUAAGAGUUUUGCGAAGGCCUCUGUGUAAUCGUUUUAUACUCUCAUCAAGGAUACCAUCAAUUCUUAUGUAGAUACUACUCAAAAAUUUUAUUUAAGUAGGAAAGUAUCGUGGGUUCGUGAUUAUUGAUGCUCUUAACUGCCUUUUCUGUUUGUAAUAAUAAAGUCAAAGAUUUUUG